ACUGGGGUGAAGCAAGCAGUGUUGUUAGAAGCGGGCAAGGUUUUAUCGGGAUCAGAAGUGAUCAGCCGUCGAGAAGCCGCGCGAGAAGUGCAAGAGCAAACGUUUGUAUGGUUAAUUGAAGUGACUGUUAAUUCGAUAUGCCAGCCUACAUCGAAUUCGAGCUUCUGAACAAAAACGAGGUCGCGAAUAAAAGCCUGGGCUUCGUCGUCGGCGAGGAGAACAGCGACAGUUACGUCCUGACGAUGCUUAGGUUGGCAAUCGUGUCCCUCGGCUUACCCUUAAACUUGGCAGUGGUGGCAGUGAUAGUUGGCAGUAAUGGAUCUAUGCGCACUGCAUCGAAUUGCUACGUCAUCAGCAUACUGAUAUCGAACCUGAUAGUGAUCCUCCAGAUCCUCCUUGACGUCCUGAAACGAUGGUUCCAAUUCUGCUUCCACACUAACGGCGUCUACGUCGCCUUCCUGACUCUGGAGGCCUCGGUUCUGACCUUGGUCAUCUUCGCGAUUGAGCGAUACGUCGCACUUUGUCAUCCGAAAUCGCAAUCCAGUCCGGAUUUUGGAUUCUCGCAGGGUGCCAAAGGCGUUCUUGUGAUUUGGGCGAUGGCUGCUACUUUCGCAGCGAUGGAACUGAACUUGAGGUACCAUUUUCUUGCCAGCAUUCAGGGCUUCAUAUUCCUAGCUUCGACCACUAUGUUCCUAUUUCUUCCCACCAUCGUGCUCAUCGCUCUGGGUACAUUCGUGCUGAUCGAUACCACCAGCUUCAAGAACAUCGAGGACAACGACGCUACCAGGGUUUUCGUGGCCCUCGCUGCGGUUUUCUAUGUCAGCAUGGCUCCGUAUCGGAUGGUGUCCUUGGUCCGCUUUAUGGCUCCAACGUUAUGCUGUUCGCAAACUGUACUCAACGCUAGCUACUUGAUCGUCGAAUUAUCUGCGGCGGUUAACCCGAUACUCUACACCCUCGUAUCCAAGCAUUUUCGAAGCGCGUUUAAGGUACGCUUUUGCGACUACCUUGAGCGACAAAACGCUUCAUCGUUUUUGUGCAAGUCAUGGACCGACGACCAACACUCUGAUCCUGUGAUCCUUACAAUCAUGGAUAAGACGGAGGUGAAAGGGUUUACCGUCGAAAACAACAGCCGUCUCAAAGAAAAACUGAAGAUUUUCGACACGAGUGGAAGGAGGAGCGGCAGUUGA